UAUGAUUGUCAUGAUUUUCCAUUACACCACUCUUUGUGAACUAAAUAAAAUGAAACUACCAUUCAUAUGACGUUUGCCUUAGCUCAAAUACACGUAGAUUACCCCUAUAAACCAGCAUUAGCAAGUAGCAACCAGUUUAUAUAUACAACCCAAACAAACCCUUUAUUUGAACUCAAAAGAAAGCUGAAACUGAAACCAAACAACCAUGCAGUCUCUGAGGUUCAUCUUAGUAACUUUUGUAGCUCUAUUAUCAAUUUCAGUUUCACUCACCACUUCUCUUCCAAUUGAAGAAGCUUUCAACCGUUGUCUAAAACUCCAUUCCAAAACGCCUGAUCAAUUUUCCUCUUCAAUCUACACUUCCACAAAUGGUUCCUUCUCUUCUAUCCUUGAGUCCACAGCCCAGAAUCUAAGGUACUUGUUGCCUUCAGUGCCAAAGCCAGAUUUCAUAUUCACCCCACUUGAUGACUCUCAAGUCCAAGCCUCAGUGAUUUGUGCAAAACAGCUUGGUAUUCACAUGAGAGUGCGAAGUGGAGGGCAUGACUAUGAAGGGCUAUCUUAUGUUUCUCUCAUUGAGAAGCCCUUCAUGGUCCUAGACUUGGCCAAACUUCGUGCAGUGAAUGUUGAUAUUGCACACAACACAGCUUGGAUUCAAGCCGGUGCCACUAUUGGUGAAGUUUAUUAUAGAAUCUCAGAGAAAAGUUCUGUGCAUGGCUUCCCUGCAGGCCUUUGCACAACCCUUGGAAUUGGAGGGCACAUCACAGGAGGUGCGUAUGGUUCCAUGAUGAGAAAGUAUGGUCUUGGUGCUGACAAUGUUCUAGAUGCUAGAAUUGUUGAUGCUAAUGGGAGGAUUCUUGAUAGAAAAGCCAUGGGGGAGGACUUAUUUUGGGCCAUAAGAGGAGGUGGUGGAGGGAGUUUUGGUGUUAUUCUGUCGUGGAAGAUCAAGUUGGUUCCUGUGCCACAAACUGUGACUGUUUUCACGGUAACUAGGACCUUGGAACAAGGAGGGAACAAGCUUCUUUAUAGAUGGCAGCAAGUGGCUCCAAAAAUUGAUGAAGAUCUCUUCAUCAGAGUCCUCAUUCAGCCAGGAAAUGGAAGUGUUCCUGGUCAGAGAACAGUGACCACUUCUUACAAUGCUCUAUAUCUUGGUGGGGCUAAUAGGCUUCUCCAAGUCAUGAAGCGUGGUUUUCCUGAAUUGGGUUUGACAAGAAAGGAUUGUGUGGAAACUAGUUGGAUCAAAUCUGUGCUUUAUAUUGCUGGCUACCCUGAUGGAACAGCCCCAGAAGUUUUGCUCCAAGGGAAGUCCUCAUCCAAGGCUUACUUCAAAGCAAAAUCAGAUUUUGUGAGGGAAGUAAUCCCUGAAAAGUCCCUCAAUGCCCUAUGGAAAGUUUUUCUUCAGGAUGAUGGUCCUCUAAUGAUUUGGAACCCCUAUGGAGGCAUGAUGAGCAGGAUUUCAGAAUCUGCCACCCCUUUUCCCCACAGAAAUGGGGUUCUCUACAAAAUUCAGUAUGUGACUGGAUGGCUUGAUGGAGAAAAGAGCAUGGAAAAGCACAUGAGCUGGAUGAGGAAGUUUUACUUCUACAUGGCUCCCUAUGCCUCAAAGUAUCCAAGGGAAACUUAUGUUAAUUAUAGGGACUUGGAUAUAGGGAUGAACAAGAAGAAUAACACUAAUCUUUUAAAGGCUUGGUCAUGGGGCUAUAGAUAUUUCAAGGGUAACUUCAACAGGUUGGUGAAGGUGAAAUCUAAAGUUGAUCCGUCUAAUUUCUUUAGGCAUGAACAGAGCAUCCCUCCUUUGACAACUGGUAAGAAAGGGUAGAAUUCAAGAACACAAGACCAGCGGAGUACAAACAACACUGUUAUGAUUAGAAUGCUAGCUAGACCUAUAUGACAACGCUAUAUCUGUUUACAAGGUGGAUUAUUAGCUGAAGAAUAAAGAUUCUCAUAAACAUAUUUGUGUUCCUUUUUUUGCAACUUCUAAAAUAAUUUGAGGCAUUCACAGUUUAGUGCACUUGCUUUUAGUUUCUUUUCAUGUAUGUGUACUCGUGGCGGUGGCAGUGUGCUGGGAACGACGUGAGUUUGGCAUUGAAGUGACUCUUUUGAUAUAUCAUAUAUAACUUUUUUGAAAUA